AUGCUGCUUGAAUUGGUAUUAAUCCUUCUAGCGAUAGGAAUAUAUUGGGUAUGGGUGGUUCGUCCGACAUCAACUAACAUAUAUCGACCCUACAAGGUGGUGCGGGGACCACUUCACGAUGUACAUGCGGAUUAUAUAGUUGUGGGUGCUGGACCUGGUGGGAUUGCUGCUGCUGAGUGUCUAUUACAGGAAGAUAAAGUUAAAUCUGUGUAUAUUCUUGAACGUGGUGUUGAUCCAUCCUCUAAUGGACCAUUUAGUUCUUUCAUUGGUCUAUUUCAGAUGCACAAUUUAAUUUCCUAUUCCAUAGAUCUUGUGGGAUCACAUUUUGAUAGCAAAUGGUACGUUUACCGUCCGUUAGAUAGCAAUAUAGACAGCAAUACUAGUAAUACUGAUAGCAAGAGUUAUGAUAUGCCUCAUCUUGUACCGUAUCCGAGAGGUUGUGGAGUUGGUGGAACCUCAAUUUUAGAUUGGGCUAUUUAUCAGAAACCACUCUUGGUAAAAACAGGUUUAAACCAUCAAAAGUGUUUGGAUGUUCCUCAUACCUUUACUGUAGGUCGAAGUCCAUUAUCGUGGGGUUUUACAGAAUCUGCAGCAAAGGUGCUGAAGAAGAAACACUUAUCUACUUUAGAGGAACCACAAGCUCGCGAUAGUGUUUUUCCUGGUCUUCUGCGUCUGGACAAGGAUGGACGUCGUCUCCCUCUUUCACACUUCAUGUUUAGGAAGGUAUCUCAAAAGUUGACUCUAGUGGAGUCUUGUGAGGUGAUUGGUGUUUCUCUUAAUGAUGAAGGUAUUGUUACGAGUGUACGAUGUAAAACAUUGGAUCGUCAGGAAUUUUCAAUUACAGUUCGAAAGGGUGUUAUUUUCUCUGCUGGUGUAGUAGGUUCCGCACGCCUUCUUCGACAAGUUUUUCCAAAGUUACCCAAUGAUUUUAUGGUACGUGACGCUCUUGCUGUACCACUUCUCUUUCAGGCACUUCCUGGACUUUCAGAUGAUAGGAAAAAUCUUCGUUCUCUUCAAGCAUAUUUGGCAUGGUGGAUAGGUCGACGAGGUCCAUUUCUUAACUCAGUCUGUGAUACUCUUGCUGCUGUUAGUAUUCCCUCAUUGGGUAGUACAGUUGAAGUUGUUAUAUUCUUAGUUCCAUUAGGAGGAAAAGACCGAGUCUUGUACCAACGUCUCGGUUUAGAUAACAUUCUUGGGUCAUUUUCAGAGGGAUUCAUGAUGUUGCUAGUGUUGCGUGGUGUGGAUGGAUGUGUCUUUAAACUACACACAGAGAAAAUGGUAGAUAAUUCAAAUUUACAUCAGAGCGGCGAACCUGUCAUUUCCUCAUCACUCUCUUUUCUAUCUGAAAUGGUAGUAGAGAAAGUAGUGACUGCAUUCAUGGAGGGUAUUCGUGUCUGUCGAGAAAUAGUGGCAGAACGUCCCCUUGCCUCACUCUCCACUCGCCAAGAAUCAAUUGAUGCAACUUUACUGGAUGACCCUAAACGAGCCAUUCAAUACGUUAAACUGUGGCACACUCCAGCAAAUAAGCUUACAGAGCAUCAACGAGUUGGGGCACCUUCCUUACUUAACUGGGCAAGGGAGUACUCUAGAAGUAAUGAGUACAUGAAGGCGUAUAUCCAUCGUCAUGCAACUUGGUUAGGGUUUGGUAGUGGUUCAUGUGUGUCAUCAUUAGCGGAUGAGGAGAGUUUGCGGGUGUUGGGAACACAAAAUGUGUUCAUUGGGGAUUGUUCAGCAGUGACGGAGAAAAUGUGGAAAGCAUCUGGCUAUGAUGUACUGCGUGCUGGUUCUGUCUCUACUGCUAUGUCUAUGGGAGUAGCAGCGGCAAAGGAGUUGCUAUCAAUUUAA